CAGCUUCCUCUCGCAGCAGCAGCAGCAGAGAUGAAACAGAAGCGCAUUGGUCUGUCUGCGGAAAACAGCUGAGCGCAACAAACAUCCACUCACUGUUUGAACAUCCAACUUCCAGAAAACUGUCUGAUCCCCAACACAUCAACACUCCUCCCCGCUGCACGCCCUCCCAUCUCAUCUCUAAAUACUUCUUUUUCUCCUUCUUCUUUUUUUUUUUUCUAAAGAAAAUUGUUCUCAUUUACUCGCGCUGCUUCAGAUUACCGGCAGGAAAAGGACCCGGACAGAUAAACAGAAACAUCCCCCAAACCAGACGGAGUGAAAUGCAAGGCUGUCUGUUUCCUAGGCGGAGGGUGUCUAACGCAGAGCUGUAGUUUCUCUCCAAGAGGCGAGGAAUGCAAUUUGAGCAUCAAUGUUUCACUGGGGCAAGUGGAAGAAGAGGAUGGGAGCCAACAGUUCUUCAAAGAGACCAGUGUUCGACGAGAAGGAAGAUGUAAACUUCGACCAUUUUCAAAUUUUGCGGGCCAUUGGAAAAGGGAGCUUUGGAAAGGUAUGCAUUGUGCAAAAGAGGGAUACAGAGAAGAUGUACGCCAUGAAGUACAUGAACAAACAGCAGUGCAUAGAGAGAGAUGAGGUCCGAAACGUCUUUAGAGAGCUUGAGAUCCUACAGGAAAUUGAACAUGUAUUUUUAGUAAAUCUCUGGUACUCCUUCCAGGAUGAGGAAGACAUGUUCAUGGUGGUCGACCUCCUGCUUGGAGGGGACCUGCGUUACCACCUUCAGCAGAACGUCCAUUUCAGCGAGGACGCUGUCAAACUCUACCUCUGUGAGAUGACCCUGGCUCUGGACUACCUGCAGAGCCAGCACAUCAUCCACAGGGACGUGAAGCCGGACAAUAUCCUCUUAGAUGAACAAGGUCAUGCUCAUCUAACAGACUUCAACAUAGCCACCAUAAUAAAGGAUGGAGAGAGAGCCACAGCGUUGGCUGGAACCAAGCCCUACAUGGCUCCAGAGAUCUUCCAGUCGUUUAUAAGUGGAGGUACAGGCUAUGCUUUUGAAGUCGACUGGUGGUCUUUGGGGGUAACAGCCUUUGAAGUGCUGCGUGGAUGGAGGCCCUACGACAUCCAUGCUAGUAACUCUGUGGAGUCUCUUAUCCAGCUCUUCAGUACAGUGAGCGUCCAGUACAGCCCUGCCUGGCCUAAAGAUCUGGUGGCCCUUUUAAGGAAGCUGCUGACAGUCAACCCGGAGCAUCGGUUUUCCAGUCUGUCUGAUAUGCAGGCGUCUCCAUACCUCGCCUCCGUCAACUGGGAUGCCGUAUAUGAGAAGAAGAUGGAACCUGGAUUCGUUCCUAAUAAAGGUCGGCUCCACUGCGACCCCACCUUUGAGCUGGAGGAGAUGAUUCUGGAGUCACGUCCCCUCCACAAGAAGAAAAAAAGGCUGGCUAAGAACCGCUCUCGAGACAACAGCAAGGAUUCACAGUCUGAGAACGAUUACCUACAGGAGUGCCUUGAAGUGGUGCAGCAAGAGUUCAUGAUCUUCAACCGUGAAAGGUUGAAAAGGCGGCAGGAGGAGGGUCAGUCUGAGGCCGGGGGCGAUGAUGCCAAUGCAGACAGGGACGGAGAGGCAGAACCUGGGGCCACCGAUGAUGAUGACGCCCAUGAACCUGACCCAGAACCAGAGCCCGAGCCCGAUCCAGAUCCAGAUCCGGAACCAGAGACGUCCUCCAAAUUAAGCAUGUGUGGCUCCGUGUGUUCAUCCCCCGGCAGCUGCUAGCCCGCACGGUGACGGAUCUCUCUGGCGGCUGCCAUCUUUGUGCCAUGCCGAUAGAUACCCCCUCACCUCCUUCCUCUAUAGCCAGGGGUUGAGGAAACGCACAUGGAAUGGGGGGUUGAAAUGACCCAAAAUGGCUCCCGCAGUUUGUUCUUUCUCUUAUAGUUUCUGUAGCAUCUUUCCGGUAAGGCAUGAAUGAAGCAGAUCCCCAGAGAGUCUCUGUGCUCAUAGAGUAAGCUCUAACUUUCUAUGCAAUGUAACAUUAUAGCAUGACAAAUAAGGUUUCCACUUACAGGGAGGUGUUGAUUGUAAGCAAAGAGCUCUGAAAGCAUGAUGGCAUACUGACCAGUAGCCUUCCACGGUUUAAGGUGGGUAGCUGGUUUGGUUGAGGCACCUCCUGUGUUUCUCAAAGUCUCUGUGCCAAAUCUGAGUGGGAAAAUUGACCGAUUUAGCACACAAAGCCAAUUAGUUUAUGUUAUCGUCUGUGUUUCGCCUUACUCCCGCCCGACUCACGGCAUCUGUUGCAGCCAGAAACAAAGAACACCCUCUUUAUGUUUUAGGGUUUUGGUUAUAGAACAGGGAUCUGUUGAGUUCUAUGGACCUUCACAAUGGCUCUUAAUAGCUCUGGCUAAAAAUAAUAAGCAGCUAUCUUUUUUAAACAUAGGUUUAAUGUUGGUUUAACAGAUUUUUCAUUCAAUAAUGUCAUUGAAGUUUUACAACAGAAUGAGACUAAAUGUACCAUUAAAAGUUUCCAUCUUUUAUUUGCUUGUAUAAGGUUGAAAUAGGCGUGUUUUCUUUUACGUCCCGUUCCACAAAAAUCUACAUAAAAUUAAUUAAAUAUAUUCCCCCCCUUUUUUUUUUAGUGUCUAUAAUUAAAUAUAUAUAUUAGAUGUUAUUUGCUUCACAUAUAUUCAUCAAAUAUAUUUUUUGAAGCUCUGUAUGAGUUAUGUUUUGCUGAAGAGGUUAAAUUGUAAUGCCUGAUCCGAUCUUACUUACAACGUAGAAGGUUUGUGAGGGUUUGUAAUUUAUGAUUAUUGGUUACUCAAUGACUUUUCCUGGAGCUGUGGUUGAAAAACAAGCCCAAACCAUCACCCAUCCACCACCAUGCUUAAAGAAAGAGUUUUCUGUGCUGAUAAGCUGUUUGUAGUUUAGAAGAAAAGGCUCUCUUUUAUGGCAACACUGCAAAAAACCUUUUAUGUCUUAGCUUAAAUAUAACCGAUACAGGUUUUUUAAGGCCAAUGCCAGUGCCGAUUAUUUUUACAGCAGUCUAAUGGAUCCCCAAUACACGUAAAAGCCCAAAACGAAAACUGGGUGUUCUUUUUUUUUUUUUUUU